CGUUUGAAAGCUCGGAGGCUUCGGGUCGCAACGACGGUUGCCGCGGUGUGCGCGCUGGCGGGGAGGGAGGCUGCCCGCGGCGCGCGUGCUGGGGCCGCUCGGACGAGUUUCCAGACGACCUCGGCCCAGAGCCCUCGUCAGCCUGGGCUCUGUCCCCGGCGUGUGGCUCCGGACCUAGAGUGAUUACUACAAUGGAAGAAGUCAGUAAUUUCAAGACACCAAGCAAACUAUCUGAAAAGAAGAAAUCUGGAUUAUCUUUAACUCCAUGUAUAAAUAUUCCUGCCUCUCCAUUUAUGCAGAAGCUUGGCUUUGGUACUGGGGUAAAUGUCUACCUUAUGAAAAGAUCUCCAAGAGGUUUAUCUUAUUCUCCUUGGGCUGUGAAAAAAAUUAAUCCUAGAUGUAAUGAUGAUUAUCAAAGUAUGUAUCUAAAGAGACUAACUGACGAAGCUAAGAUUUUGAAAAGCCUUCAUCAUCCAAACAUUGUAGGUUAUCGGGCUUUCACUGAAGCCAGUGAUGGUAGUCUCUGUCUUGCUAUGGAAUAUGGAGGUGAAAAGUCUCUAAAUGACUUAAUAGAAGAACGAAAUAAAGACAGCCGAGAUCCUUUUCCAGCAGCCAUAAUAUUAAAAGUUGCUUUGAACAUGGCAAGGGGGUUAAAGUAUCUGCACCAAGAAAAGAAACUGCUUCAUGGAGACAUAAAAUCUUCAAAUGUUGUAAUUAAAGGUGAUUUUGAAACAAUUAAAAUCUGUGAUGUAGGAGUCUCUCUACCACUGGAUGAAAAUAUGACUGUGACUGACCCCGAGGCCUGUUACAUUGGCACUGAGCCUUGGAAACCCAAGGAAGCUCUGGAGGAGAAUGGUGUUAUUACCGACAAGGCAGACAUAUUUGCCUUUGGCCUUACGCUGUGGGAAAUGAUGACUUUAUCUAUUCCACACAUUAAUCUUCCAGAUGAUGAUGAUGAUGAUGAAGAUAAAACUUUUGAUGAAAGUGACUUUGAUGAUGAAGCAUACUAUGCAGCUUUGGGAACCAGGCCACCUGUUAACAUGGAAGAACUGGAUGAAACGUACCAGAAAGUAAUUGAACUCUUCUCUGUAUGCACCAAUGAAGAUCCUAAAGAUCGUCCUUCUGCUGCACACAUCGUUGAAGCUUUGGAAAUGGAUGUCCAGUGAUCACCUCCUAUUCACUUCCUGAGCUUUGAGUAUGGCUCUUGUAAAUAACUGUUCACUGUAAUACAUUUCUAUAGUUACUAUGAUAGUCUGUAAUUAUUAGACUUUUUGGAAGUGGCCUAUUUUAGGACCAUAGCACCUUGUGACACUUGAACAACUAUUUCUGUUAUGAAGGUAUUUCAUGUAUGCUUAUGAUGUAAGCAUUUAAAGUUGUGGGUGUUCUCUGAAGUUUAAGGAACAAGCUACUUAGGUAUUUGAACUUGUUCAUACAGAUUUAAAACACCAGCAAUAAAAUGCUAUAAACACUAUUGUCUAAUGUAAAUUUGGAUGAGUAACCAUUACUUUUAUUAAUGAUCUUUCUCAAAUAUUCCCUAUUUUAAUGGAUCUUUUGAAAUUAGCACUUUGUGCAGUACAAAAUAAGUCUACAUUUGCUUAUCUUUUAAAACAUUAAACCUUUUGCUGGCCUUUCUUGGCUGAUUUGCUUAUUAAAUAUGGUCACUGGAAACUGAGAGAAUUUGACUCGAGUAGUUCCUUGGGUAUUUCCAAGCAUUUUGACUUAAUGCUUGUCUUGCUCUCUUUGAUUUUUACUUUAAUUUAUUAAAUGUAUUUUCUGUACUGAAAUCCCUUUUUUAUUUACUAAUCUAUAUCUUAAGGAUUUUGCAGUUCUGGUUUAAAAAUAAUAAAACUCUAAUAGGAUGAUAUGGAAUAAAGGGCACUUUAUUACCAGAA